CGAAUGUCAGCCACACGUCACACGCGGAGGAUGGGAGAAGUCCACGCACCAGAUUUUCCCUCCCCUCUUUUCCUUCCAUCCUUCCUCUCUCGUCCUCGCUUCAUCCUUCCUUUUUCUUCCUCUCCCUUUCGUCCUCUUACUUUCCUUUCUUUCCCUUCAUCCUUCCUUACUAUCUCCUUUCUUUUGUUCUCUUCCUUCCUUCCUUUUCCUUCCCCUUCCUUUCUCUUUCCCUUCCUUUCUCUCUUGCUUCCUUACUUUAUUUCUCCAUCUUUCUUCUUUCUCUCAUCCUUCCACUUUCUUUCCUUUCCCUCUUUUCCUUCCAUCCUUCCUCUCUCAUCCUUGCUUCAUCCUUCCUUCUUCUUCCUCUCCCUUUCGUCUUCUUACUUUCCUUUCUUUCCCUUCAUCCUUCCUCUCUCUCCUUUCUUUUGUUCUCUUCCUUCCUUCCUUUUCCUUCCCCUUCCUUUCUCUUUCCCUUCCUUUCUCUCUUGCUUCCUUACUUUAUUUCUCCAUCUUUCUUCUUUCUCUCAUCCUUCCACUUUCUCUUUCCUUUCCCUCUUUUCCUUCCAUCCUUCCUCUCUCAUCCUUGCUUCAUCCUUCCUUCUUCUUCCUCUCCCUUUUGUCUUCUUACUUUCCUUUCUUUCCCUUCAUCCUUCCUCUCUCUCCUUUCUCCCUCGUCCUUGCUUCAUCCUUCCUUCUUAUCUCUCUUCCUUUCUUCCUCUUAUUCCUUUCUUUUCCUUCAUCCUUCCUUAUUCCCUCCUUUCCUUCGUUCUCUUCCUUUAUUCCUUUUCCUUUCCCUUCCUGCCCUUCAUCCUUCCUUCCUUUCUCUCUCCCUUCCUUUCUCUCUUGCUUUCUUAUUUUAUUUCUCCAUCUUUCUUCUUUCUCUCAUCCUUCCACUUUCUUUCCUUUCCCUCUUUUCCUUCCAUCCUUCCUCUCUCGUCCUUGCUUCAUCCUUCCUUCUUCCUCCCUUUCGUCCUCUUACUUUCCUUUCUUUCCCUUCAUCCUUCCUCUCUCUCCUUUCUCCCUCGUCCUCGCUUCAUCCUUCCUUCUUAUCUCUCUUCCUUUCUUCCUCUUAUUCCUUUCUUUUCCUUCAUCCUUCCUUAUUCCCUCCUUUCCUUCGUUCUCUUCCUUUAUUCCUUUUCCUUUCCCUUCCUUCCCUUCAUGCUUCCUUCCUUUCUCUCUCCCUUUUUCUCUUGCUUCCUUACUUUAUUUCUCCAUCUUUCUUCUUUCUCUCAUCCUUCCACUUUCUCUUUCCUUUCCCUCUUUUCCUUCCACCCUUCCUCUCUCGUUUCUUCCUCAUCCUUCCUUCAUCCUUCUUUCUUGCCCCCUUUCUUCUUCUAGCUUUCCUUUCUUUCCCGUCAACCUUCUUUACUUUCUCCUUCGUUCUCUUCCCUUCACUCCUUUUCCUUUCCUUCCUCUCCCCCUCCCUUCCUCUUUCUCUUACUUUUCCUUUCUCCAUCUUCUUUCCUUCCUCUCCCUUCCUUCCUCUUACUUUCUUUUCUUUCUCCAUCUUCUUUCUCUCACCCUUCCUUCCUCUUUCUCUCUUCCUUACUUUCCUUUAUUUCCCUUCACCCUUCCUUCCUUUCUCUAUCCCUUCUGCCUCUUUCCUUCCACUUUCCUUUCUUUUCCCGCCUCCCUCUUCAUUUCAUUUUCUUCCUUCUUCUAUCUCCUUUCUUAUUCUUCCUUUCCUUCCUCUCUCUUUCUCUCCCUUCCUUCCAGCUUCAAUCUCCAGAACUGGUUAGAACCACAAAGUAACUCUUACAGCUGCUCUUAUUAAUAACCUGAAGUGAUUCUGACUCAGUUUCCCUCAAUUUCCUGACUUGGAAGCUAAGAACCUCCCUAAUAAGGAUUCACAGCUAUGAAUUUAUUACAGCCUGGUCAAGAAAAUCCUGCUGACUGCACAAGACUUACUUCUGAACAAACUCCUAUCAAAAUGGGUCCUGUACCUCCUGCCUGAAAUGGACUUUUCACUGAUCGCAAUUCAGCCAGCCACGGAUUUUCGUGUCCUGACACCCUUUCCAGCUUCCUUGCGCGUGGACAGACACCGCAUGCCAAGAAGGAAGUCUUAAUAUUUAUCGGCGAGAUAAAACGCACAGCUCUAAAUG